GCUUCGGCCGUCUAGGGAAAUGGUAAAAAACGAUUAAUUUAAGAAAAAAAAAUAUAAUACAAAAUACAAGAUGAAAAAUCUAUAAACGCGGUGCGUCUGUGGCGCGGACCGGUUGUGUCAGUCGGAGCGUAAACGUUAGAUAGAUCGGCGUCGACGGUCGCAGUCGUGUCCAGUUAUAUUAAUAUAAUAAUAUAUGUAUAAUAUUUUUUACGGUAUACGCGCAAUAUAAUAUAUUAUAUGUCUCUUGUGUAGUGAAAAAUUAAAAAAAAACAAAAUAAUAAAAUACAUCGGUGUUCCGUCCGAGAUCAACGGGCGCGUCCGACGAACGGUUAUUUAUUUAUCAUCGAUAUAACAUCAUAUAAUACAAUAUAAUAUUAUUAAUACAUUAUACAUGUAUAUAUAUGUAUGUGCGUGUGUGAUACCAUUGACCGGAGACGACGACGAUGACUGUUGCGAUUGACCGCCUCACCAGCUACCCUACACCGUCCACACGUUAUAGGUGAAAUUUGAAAUUGGAGCUGACGCCAUCGAAAUAUCGACUGCAGCGAGGAGGAGGAAAUUCGCGAGACAGUAGAGACAACAUGGUGUUGCGCCCGUGUGAGGAAUACGGUAGUUACACGAUGGAUAACUACCCGCAAAACGCCGGUGGUGGCCAUCAUUUUUACGAGAGCAUCAAAACCGAAAUGGAAAGUUUUCGGUUGCGUGGAGCGGAAGGAGAUUUUUCGGCGUCGGUGGCGGCGGUGUCCGAUGCACUGCUCAGUGACGACACCAGUUCGAUAGCGUCAAAGAAACGAAUAGACAGCAUGUUCAAGACGACCGCUUCCGUUGCGGGCGAUACAAAGCGGACGUCUGGCUACCGUGCCGGUCGUCAGACCAAAUCGUUGGUCGACGACACAAAUCACUACGACGGCGAUGCAGGCGGAGGCUAUUUCGAUUAUGGUUAUACCGCCGGCACCAAUGAUAGAAACAAUAACGGCAAUAAUAACAACAACAAGAAUACGGUACAGGAGAAAAUCGAAAAGAUGUUUGCGGAAAUCAGUUCUUCGGAACUCGACACAGACGUGUCAAUGGACUCUUCAGCGGUGGGGGCAGAAACAAGUAGCAACAAAUUCCACGUACACUAUAUAGGAUGCGCGGGGCUAUCGGGCAAGAUAUCCUCGUUGGAGGGCCUUCAAAAGCCAGUCCGAGAUAUGUACUUCGGUUACCGGGAAAACCAACACCAUUACCGCGGCGGUGGGAUCCCUCACUGCGGUUAUUACCGCAACGACAACUACGAUGAGGCCCGGACCGACGAGCGGCGUGACUUUUCCGGGCUCUUGGAGAUUUCGGCAGCCGGUCUUACCAUCCGUUACAGGAACGGGGUGGGUGAAACAGAACAGCGGACCAACGCAUUCCCGUCAAUCGCCGUGUGGGCGGCCCUGAAAUACGUGUGCCGCCGCCGGUCGCCGACGCCACAACGGAGAAUCGUCGGAGAAGCCGCCACCGCCGUUGUCGGUUACGAGUACGCUUUCCUGCCACUGAUCGCCGAUCCAGAUGGAUCGGACAAGGCGCCACUGUUCCGGGACAUGGACGCCGGUGAUAGGGCCCGGCUGGAUGCGGCCGGCGACCACUCGCCUGUCUUCGCGGUGGUUACGCGAGCGGCCGGCAAGCGGCUAGAAUGUCACGGGUUUGCAUGCGAGACAGAAAACGACGCGUUGCUCAUGGCGGCCAACCUAUACGGGGCCCUCGUAACGGCCAUGUCUUCUGCCGCGGAGGCGGUAGAUGUAGAUGCGCCGACGGCCGGCGAGGGGGGUGGUCGACGGACCGCGCCCUCGGCCAAGCGGGUCAUCCGACAGCGGAAUGGGUUUACGAGCAUGAGCAGCACGGCCGGUUCGAGCGUCACAGGUGGUGGAGUGAGUGAGGAGGCACCUGCCCUACCACCGCCUCGUCCGCCACGCAGAAACAAAAAGUCCACAUCAUCCGUCAGCGCUGUGACGUCCGCCGGCGACGACGGCGAAAGCGUUCUGUCGGAGAUGACGUCUGAUGUACGGGCAGACGACGGCAGCGGCGGUGACGUGUGCAGCGGAGCUAAAACGUUCCGAUUAACCGUCAAACAGCCGUCGUCGCUCCAGCGGGGUGUGUGUAACAGUAGCAGCGCUGCGGGCCCGGCGGAGGCUGAUAUACAAUCCCGCAGCACUAGGCAGCAACGUUUGGACGGUGGCGGCGACAUACUCACCAAAGUAGCAAUACCCAGGAGCAGAAGUUUUCUGAACUCUAACGGGUUGGCGUCCACUAAGUAUUCGAGGCGGGUGGCUGGUUGCGGCAUUGAGACGGCCGCGGCAGACAGGCACCGCCGCCGGAGCAAUGGUAGCGGCGUCAUAGGUUUCUCUGACAUGUUCAACGAGUUGCGCGCUCAAGAGGGCCUGAAUAACAUGGACGACAUAUUAAAUGCCAUCAUCAACGUGGAGGGGAUGUCUUACAACGAUCUGAAGCCCAUUUACAAGGAGUUUCUAAUGAAAUUGGCUUUAACGCUUACCAAAGACGAGCUAUACCAGCGUACCAAGGCGAUAAUGACGGAACAGAAACGUAAGCGGAACAACCGGCGCCCAGCGGUCGCUACGCAGGCGGCCGGCCGCGGGCGCCGUUUCAAUGACAAGCUGCGCGAUGCGUUCAGCUUGAGGGCGGCCAAGUCACGAAUCGGCGCUGUGCUGUUGCCGGAUUUUUGCAAGCGCAACCGGAACAGAGCGUCCCGGAAACAACAAUUACUGCAGCAACAUCAACAACAACAGCAACAACAACAACAACAAAGGCGACGUCGAUGUUCGUGUUUGGCAAUAGCAGGGUCGUCCACAGAUGUCCGGCCAGCGGACCGAAAACCGGAACGUAAGUUUCAACGGCGGGUUGCUGCGGUCAAACGGUCAGCAGUCAUGUCAGCGAGCAAAGGUCGCCGGCCGUCUGCCACGUCGUCGUCACCCAUCUGCAGCACUUCCGACGACAGUGACUUUUUUGCGGCCGCAGCGAUGAGGCAACGGCAACAUCAACAGCUCCAACAACAACUGUUGAAGCAAUUGCCACAGCUCUACAAAAAGACGUCCAAAAAGCGUGGCGGAGGCGGCGGUCGAGGAACAGCUACGGCGUCCGAGGCCGGUUGCCUGCACCGGGCAUCCAGUGGUUACUUUAGCUGUUCUGAGUGUAGUGCGGGUGGUGUGGCUGACGAUGACGGGUGCAGUUGCUGCGGCGACGGCGCGGCGGAACCUACCACGUCACUGGUGUCAUGUAGUUGCGACUCUGACAGCUGCGCAGACAGCGACAAGUGUUACUGCGGCCGGCCGCGGCGCCCGCGCAACAUAUUCGAUGAGCUCAAGAGCCGCGGGUUCGCGGCGUCCGAGUCGAGCGUGUCGAGGGCUGACUCGCCGGGCACCGCAUGGAAAAAGAAUGAGCUGCUCAUGCUGCUGCAGAAACGACACGACAGCGGCUCCGGUAUGGGUGGCGAAUCUUCACCGGCGGCUACAGGUGGUGGCAGGUGCGGCAUCGAACCGUCCAAGAGCAUCGAGUACCUGCAGAUGACGCACCGGGCCUGUUUGAGCACCGCCACCGCCACCGCUGGUGUUAAUUCGACCACAGCGGCAGGUUCGUCGUCGUCACCGUCGUCGUCCUUAUCCGCGGCCACCGUGUACUCGUCGUCAUCCGCGGUGCACCAACGCCGACCACAACCACCGCGCGGUGCCAAGCACCACCACCGCCGUUCCGGUUCAAGCGGUUCGGACAACUUUCGCGCAAUCGAUUACGCAUUAUUCGCGGCUCCCGCCGAUGCCGCUGCGGGGCUACGGAAGACACGCGGCUGCGGCGGUGGCAGGCAAAGUCACCGCCGUUCGGAUGGGCCACUGGCUGCCGCGUCUGUCGCGGCGGGUAGGCGGUCGUAUAGCUCCGAAGCAGUGCACAUGGCAGGCUGUCGGGUGCAGUAUAACGGCCACGCGCGACGGCCUGCACUGCCGCAGCAGAUGAAGCCGACCUCCAGACGACAUUCCGUCCACGAUGGCAGCGGCGACGACGUCCUGUCAACUUUUUUCAAAUCGGGAAUUGAAAACUCGUUGGGCUACUAUCCGUGACGACGCGCGCCGCGUUAAAGUUGCGCGGCACAUUCGUUUCCGUAUGGCGUGGUGGGAGGGUCGACAUUUUAGAGACCUUUUCACUGCCUACUUGUAACGAUCAAUUUAUUUUUAAAAAAAAAAUGCUUCAAUCAAAUUUGAUUCAUAUCAAUAAUAACAUUCGUAUAAUAUAACAUUAUAAUAAAUUUGGGUACUUCAGGUCAUCUCGACUUAUAUUUUAUAUUUUUCGUUUUACAUGCUCCGUUAUAUUGUUUUAUUAAGACAGUGUUGUAAUCUACAAGACAAAUAAAAAUUAAUUAGGUCUGCUCACACGUCGAGCGUUACUGCUGGGUAGCUACUCCCUUCACGUUUCAUCUUCAACUGCAUUAUUUUUUUUUUUCAGCUCAUAUGCUUAUUGUAACUAUCAUACAGAUCGUAUAUUUUCUAAUGAAUGUUAAAAAAAAAAUAGGUAUGCUCAACAAGACUUAAACCGAAAAGCAUACAUUAUUAGAUAUAUAAAAGCGAUUUACUGCUACUAUAUUUACUUACUGUUUACCUACUAUAAUACUUUAUAUUGCAUUACUGCAACGCAAGAAACCCGAUUUUCUGUAACACGGGUUUUCACCUUAAUGGGAUUUAUAAAAUUCUGUAAAAAAAGUAAGCAAAUAAACCUAUAACACUUUUCUAUGUUUGUUUUAAUAACUAUCAAGUGUAAAUUAGUUUUUUGGUAUCUUUAUGCUUUAAACAUAAAGUUUUAUUAGGCAGACCUAUUUUAUCUUAUACAGAUUCAAUAUCAUUAUAAUAAUCAUAAAGCUUAUAGUUAAAUUAGGGUAGUCCUAAUAACAGAAUAAUAUGUUGUACAUUCAGUUUACUAGAUUGAGUUUACCAGAAAAUUGUAUAGGCCGCCUCAUAAAGAAAUAAGCCACCAAUCAAUACAUUUUAAGUCACCCUUCACUCAUUUCGAUAUGGGUGUAGACAUACAUCCUUGUACUCCUCCGUGUGAGCCACUAAAGUGUAACGACAAGGUAUUGAUGCUUCAUUAUAAUCCAUUCAUCAUCUUUAUUAUUAUUUAUUAUUAUCAUUAUUUUAUUUUUUAGAAGAUAUCUUAUAUUUGCUUCUCCGAACUUACGUAAACGCUUGCACGCGUUUACGAGUUAAUGUAGUUUGCUCUGCAAACAGCUAAAGUUGGACAUAUUUUUACCUAAAUAAUUAUUCGAAUGAACAUUUAUUUAAAUAAAAAAUAAUUCGAAAAAUGAUUGGUUUUUUUAUUAGAAUAACUGAUUGUAUUUUAAAAUUAAUUGAAUAAUUUUUUAUUAGAUUAAUAUUGCAUUUAAAAUGAAUCCAAAUCAAAUUGUACUUCGAUGAUUAUUUAAAUAAAAUAAUGUAUAUGAAAAAUGCCCUAAUCUGUGACUGUUAAAUAUAUAUUUAUCAUACAUAAUAUAAAUAUUAUCUAUAAUAUUGUAAGACAUUAGAUGUUAAAAUAUUAUUUUUGGACAGUACACGGUGGUAUAGUAAAUAGGCGACAACGUAUAUUAUUUUGAUUCGAUGCAAUCAUUGUUAAGUAUUCGAGUGCAAUAUAAUAUUAAACGAUAUAG